CUUUUAUUAUUUUUUAUUUUUAUAUAUGACAUCAAUAAGUGUGCCUGAAUCAUGUUCACAGAUUAAUUCAGUCAAGAAGAGGCCAAUCUUCUUUAAGUUCAGAGCAAGCAAAGUGUUUGUAUUCUGGACAGCUGCUGUGGGCCUGUUUACAAGUACCUUUGUUCAUUCGAUAUUGUUUCCGCUCUCGCCCUUUAUUGUGGCUCGUAUUAGAAAUCUGGAUAAAGGGGAUUGGACAGACCACGCAAAAUCCACGGCAAUCACAGAUAAUAUCGAGUUAACCUCGAGAGAUACCGGUGUUUUAGUCUCACUUUAUGCAGUAGGAUUAUUAGCUGGCUCACCCAUCUUUGGAUGGUUAGGCGACCGAAUCAAACAAAGAAGAUUACCCAUGCUGUUAGGUACGAGUGCUUCCAUGGCAGCGAAUUUAUUAUUUAUGCUCAGCACCACCUAUCCCAUGCUAUUGGUCGCUCGAUUUUUACAAGGCGUCUCUAAUGCAUGCGUGUGGACAAUGUGUUUAUGCUUGAUUGCGGAUAAUUGGCCCCGAGAGCAAUUAGGUGCACAAAUGGGAAAACUUGUGGGGUUUUAUCCAUUAGGCAUGAUGGUGGGAUUACCCGCUGGUGGAUUACUCUAUAGUGAGUUAGGUCACGAAGCUCCAUUUAUUGCAUCCAUGAUACUAAGUGCAAUUGAUUUCGUAAUGCGACUUGUCAUCAUCGAACGUUCCAGUGCUCCAGCAGAAUGGUUUGAAGAAGAUAAUGAUGUCGAAAAAGUUAUCACAAUAACAGACUGCUCUGCUGAAGAAAAAUCGAGUGAUAAUACAGAUAAUCAUCAAGUAACUUGGCUUCAGCUCCUAAGACAGCCUCGUUUAAUUGUGUCUCUUGCCUUAACUGCUAUUGUAGCCACUGUCAUGAGUGCAUUUGAGCCCACUCUAUCAUUAAGAUUAGCACAAGAAUGGGGCUUUAAUGCGGCAGGGUGUAGUCUCAUUGUCCUAGCGUAUAUGGUGCCUUCUAUAAUUGCAAGUAUUCUCUGUGGUAAACUUUGUGACAGAUAUGGUACAAAAAUUGUAGCUUUGGUCUCUUUAUUAUUGGCUACACCCUCAUGUCUGUUAAUUGGUGUCCCCAGCAGUAAUCAUGGAUCCUUUUGGCCUCUUAUACCUAUCUUAAUAAUGGGCGGUGUGACAAUUGCUGGGUGUCAAGCGCCUGUAUUUCCUGAAAUUGCCAAAGUGGUCGAUAAAGAAAAUAGAGGUAGCAGUAACUCAUCCGAUGGACUGGCCAGAAGCUAUUCGCUUUUUAAUGCAGCAUAUGGUAUGGUAGAAAACUAA